AUGUGAAAUAAAAUGUUACGGUUCCUGUCACGUCGAAGAGCGCGCAGUGUCAGCGGGCAAACCGCGUCCUCCCAGAUCAAAAACCAGCGACUGCUCAGUAACAAGAAUGUUGUUCCGUGCAGAGUCGUUCUGCUCGACGGAACCGACCUGCCAAUUGAGUUGUCAAAAAAAGCAUUGGCUAGUGACUUAUACGAACAAGUAUUUUAUAGUUUAGACUUAAUAGAAAAGGAUUAUUUUGGACUGCAGUAUACAGACAGCAAUAAUGUUCAACAUUGGUUGGACCCGACAAAGCCAAUAAAGAAACAAGUAAAAAUUGGGCCCCCUUACACUUUACGACUGAAAGUAAAGUUUUAUUCUUCCGAGCCUAAUACAUUACGCGAAGAGUUAACGAGAUAUCAGUUCUUUUUGCAACUGAAACAAGAUGUUUUGGAUGGAAAACUUCACUGUCCUCAUCAAGUUGCAGUUCAGCUAGCUGCUUUAGCUCUGCAAUCCGAACUUGGUGACUAUGAUCCUGCCAUGCACAGUGCAGCAACGGUGUCAGAGUUUCGAUUUGUGCCGGGUCAAACGGAGCAAAUGGAACUGGAAAUACUCGAGGAAUAUGUAAAGUGUUCGGGCCUUAGUCCAGCACAGGCCGAAUCAGCAUAUCUCAGCAAAGCUAAAUGGUUGGAUAUGUAUGGUGUAGACAUGCAUACUGUCCUCGGAAAAGAUGCCUGCGAAUAUUCUUUAGGUUUAACUCCAACUGGAAUACUAGUCUUCGAAGGCACACAAAAAAUAGGCUUAUUCUUCUGGCCUAAGAUCGGUCGCCUAGACUUUAAGAAGAAAAAACUGACGUUGGUUGUAGUGGAAGAGGAUGAUGAAGGCAGAGGAGAGCAAGAGCAUACAUUUGUUUUCCGAUUGGUUAAUGAGAAAGCUUGUAAGCAUUUAUGGAAAUGCGCCGUAGAACACCAUGCUUUCUUUAGAUUAAGGGCACCCGUCAAAGGCGCCAGUGGACGUCAGAAUUUCUUCCGUAUGGGUUCACGGUUUCGUUAUAGCGGUAAAACGGAGUUCCAAACGACUCAGUUAAAUCGAGCACGCAGAACUGUGCAAUUCGAGCGUCGACCCAGUCAAAGAUACGCCCGCAGACAGAGUCAUGUUUUAAGAGAACGGCAACGUCAACAAGUGGAGCAGCCGCAACCUACGCCACCUGCCACCGAGGAACAGCCCCUACAACGUCAGCCGAGCCAGUGUAGUACAAAGUCUUCGAAUUCCAGCGUACACCCUACAUCGUCACCGUUAGUAGAUUCCUUAUUGAAAUCACUUGCCAAAGAUCAGCAGCCUUUGGAAGCCAGAAAUCAGACGACCGUCGCCAGCAAUGAGAAAGAAACGGAACCCAUGAAGACUAGUUUAACGAUCGAAAGCAUAACUAAUCAAGUGCAAUUAGUGCCAAAUAAUCAAGUGGGCGGUAUUUCGUCACUGCCACCUCGCACACCGAUACCGCCGGAAUCACUGAAGUGUAAUAUAUUGAAAGCGAAAUCUCUGGAGCAAGGGAAAAACUCGAAUUUAGUGUCGAUCAGUUCCACGGAUGCACCUGCAGUUGCCGCAAAGAACAAUCAACACACGGACGCGGCAACGAUUGUGUCUGUGGGCGGAGACAAGCUGACCCUUUCUGUGAGUGGAACAACGACCACGAAUCCGUCUAUGGACGACACUGUUACUGUAACCCAUUUCUCUUUGGACAGCUGGGGGCAAAUUGAGCAGAAAACAACCCAGUUAAAUCCGAAAAUAUCGAAUCAAUCGCAGAAUCCAUUCAAUCCAUUUACUAGCGACAAUAGCAAUGACGUUACCGCUAAUGUCUCCGAGAGUGUCGAAGAUGAUACAAAGGAGGAAGAGGAAAAGAAAGCGAACACGAACCCGUUCAUAGAUUCCAAUCCAUUUUUGGGUUUGCUGAAUCCGUUUAAAGAGGUGCAACAACCGGUCGACAAGAAAGUCGAACCUGAAGUCGAGAAAAAUGGAGCAAGGGUUGUGAAGACUGAGGAGAUCCAAACAACUACUACAACUCUUACCCACAAGGACGACAAUACUGCGGUUACUGACAUUAGUCCAUGGCUGGUUGCUGAUCCAUUACAGACAACGACUACCGAUCAAACUCCGAUUAAGCAUACUGUUAUUACCAGGAAGACUGUAAUUACAACGCAACUCUGAAGUAAUUGUUCAGUGGAACGCAUAUACGAUACCGAGUAACGAAGGUAUUUAUUAGACCGUG